AUGCCCGCCCUCAUUUUCUACGCUCUCUUGUUCCAAUGGCUGAUCCUCCCAGUGGCUCCAAAGCUCGUCAAACACGACAGCAGUGUACACCUGGAUCAUAUUCUACGCGUCACUACACAAAACAUCGCGGUAGCCUGCCAGACGCGGCUAUCAACCGUCGUAAACGGCACGUCUCCUGGACCAGAGCUCCGCAUCAAGCCUGGCGAAACAACAUGGAUUAGAGUAUACAAUGACAUGGAAAGCCAGAAUCUUACCAUGCAUUGGCAUGGCCUAGCUCAGCGGACGGCUGUCUUCUCCGACGGCAGCCCACAAGGCUCUCAAUGGGCAAUACCCCCAGGCCACUUCUUCGACUACGAGCUGCGUCCAGAGCUGGGUGACUCGGGCACUUAUUUCUACCACUCCCAUGUCGGCGUGCAGGCCAUCACUGCCAGCGGGCCGCUCAUCGUCGAGGACUGCGGAAAGCCGCCUUACCACUACGACGAGGAACGCAUACUACAGUGGAAUGACUUCUUCAACCAGACAGACGAACAACUUGAGGCGGGCUUGGAAGCAGUGCCAUUUGUAUGGACGGGUGAAACGCAAGGCGUCUUGCUUAACGGGCAGGGUAUCAGUAUAGGGCACAACCCGACGGGAGUUGCGUCCUGCACACUGCCCGUCAUCGACGUCUCUCCCGGCAAAACAUACCGCUUUCGCUUCAUAGGAUCGACUGGCUUAUCUUUGCUGAGUAUGGGGUUCGAGGGGCACGACCAUCUCUCAAUUAUCCAAGUCGACGGCGGCGAGUGGACGAAACCAGCACCCGUUGAUCGGAUUCAGCUGGCAUCUGGGCAACGGUUUGACGCGCUAUUCGUGGCCAAAACAAAAAAGCAACUAAAGGCAGAGAAGAGGAAGACAUAUUUUCUCCAGUUUGAGACUCGUGACAGACCGACUGUCUAUCGUGGCUACGCAGUGCUCCGUUACUCAGAUUCAGCUCCGUUGCCUGAAUAUCCUGUUCAGGCGCCACUCAGCCUCCCAAACACCACAUACGACUGGCUGGAGUAUCAAUUGCAUCCCCUCUAUCCGAAGCCUGUCAGCGUUCCCACUCUCGCCGAGGUCACUCGCCGUGUGAUAAUGGACGCGGUUCAGAUGACGGACCCAAACAGCAAUCAGUUGGUAUGGCGCCUAGCAGGUUUGUCCUGGACGGAUAAAAUACUCCAAAAGCCCUUGCUGGUUGAUAUUUACCAGAACGGCGAGGCCGCCAUGCCGGACUAUGAUGCCGCGCUGAGAAACAACGGAUGGGAUCCCAAGACAAAGGCGUUUCCGGCCAAGGUGGGGGAAGUGCUCGAGAUCGUGUUCCAGAAUAGGGGAUCGCUAUCCAGCCCCGGUAAACUGGAUGCGCACCCUUUCCAUGCCCACGGACAGCACUUCUACGACAUCGGCAGCGGGAAUGGCACCUACGAUGCCGAGGCAAACGAGAAGAAGCUCGCCGGCAUGGGUUACAGAGUUGUCCAAAGAGACACCACAAUGCUAUACCGAUAUGAGCUGGCCACAGCCGCUGGAGCUGGAGCUCCCGCUGGCUGGCGGGCGUGGCGGAUACGGGUGAAGCAGCCGGGCGUAUGGAUGAUCCAUUGCCAUACGUUGCAGCACAUGGUCAUGGGGAUGCAAUCUGCCUGGGUUAUUGGUACUGCGCCGGAAAUCCUCGAGAUGCCUCUUGAUGAAAGCCAAGGGUAUCUUGUUUACGGAGGCGACGCCUAUGGUAAUGCCACAUACGAUCCGACUUGCCGGCACCAGUUUGGAAAUGAGAAGACAUGUAAGGACCACUGGCCAUGAAGGACAAUGACAGGCACGAAUAGC